AUAAUUUUCUCCGCAUGCAACGAAACACGAAAGCACAGUUUGUAAAGUUCAUGGAGAGGAUUGUAUGACAAGAUCAUCAUGAAGUGUACCGGCCACUUGGUGUUUUGUUUGCUGAUCGUGUGUCUGUCCGUCCGGCUUUCGAUUGCACAGGGUCAGCCAGCCAAAUGUCCACAAAAUUGUCCGCCCCAAUGGGUGAACUUGAUGAAACCAUACCUGCCCAUGAUCGGCGAACUAGGGCCGAUGAACCGUUUAUGCCAAGAAGCCAACAAGAACAACAUCAUGUCUCCGUGCAGCAACCCCGGAAGUACCUGCACCCCGACCGGAAAUCCCACUAGUUUUGUCUGCUGUCCACGACAGUGUCUGGCUACCACGGAAAAAUGUUACAAUCAACAACCACCGCCAGCCAACCUGUGUGUGCCUACAGACGUAUCACGCUGGCAGGAUGCCUUCAUACAUGCCUUUAUGUCGGGAUAAAAAAAGCAAGAAAAGGACCAGUUGUUGUGACGCCAAAGGACCUAUCCUGCGUUUGUGUGCGUUGUUAAUUUAAAAUUUCUUCAAUUAAAAAACUGCCUGCAAAUGUUAUCACUUAAUAUAUAAUCGUGUUGCGUAAUUAGAACUGUACAUGCACCGGAUAUAAUCACCCAAUUGGAUAGUUUAUGCUCGUAUUUUUAUAAUAUUUACCAUAAUAUUAUAUUUGAGACUCGCUUUGUGAAAAGGGGGUUAAAUUCAUGUGCGUAAUGUUUCGUUCCAGAGAAGCAUGUGCAGUCCGCAAAGGCUAAUCAGGAACAACACUUUGCGCUUAAUAUUUUCCGUGUAAAGUAAUAUUUAAAGUAAUAAAGUAAAAUUAUA